GACUUUGUAGUGCUUUUAGUUAUCAUUAUUUUCGCUUCGCUGCAGUCCAGUCCGCGCGGACCAUGUCCCGAAACGCUGCCGCGGGCGUGGUCGCCACUCUGCCUGGCGGAGGCGGCGGCGAGCCCAGCUCUCCAGUGCAAAAGGUGUGGAAGCCCGAGCUGUACAAGAUCCAGCUGGAGGCCCCGGCCCCGUGUCCGAUGCGGUGCCAGCGCACCCUGCCGCUGCCGCCGACAAAGAGCACCGCCGAGGAAGUGGAGCAGGACAACCAGGCUGCGCGGCUAUACGGCUCCGAGUACCAUGGCCUGAUGGGCCACCUGGAGGCGGAGCAUCUGCUCGGUCUCACUGGCGGCGAAGGCAGCUAUCUGGUGCGACGCAGCCCCAUGUCCGACGGCUUCUACACGCUGAGCCUGCGCUUCAACAAGCGCACAAGGCACUACAAGCUGUUCCACAAGCCCGGCGUGGGCCACUACCUGCGCGAGCAGGACAAGCGCUUCGACUCGGUCUACGACAUGGUGGCCGACGGCCUUAUCAACUUCCACAUGCAGCUCCACGCCAGCCCCAUCAUACAGCAGAUUAAUCAGCAAACCAAAAACUGCUACCAGCAAAGUCCCUAUAUGACGCUCAACGGACGCAAGCUGCGGGCCUUGUCGAAUGAACUGGGGAAGACCAAUGCCGCCGCCGCCACCGCUGCCGCUGCAGCAAAAGAUGACGCCUCUCCCAAGGAUGUGGAUGUGCCAUUGAUGCCGACACAGCCCUUGGUGAGUCAGCCGCCCGCUGUUGCAAUGGAUCCCAUGCCGCUGAUCUACGAGAAGCUGCACCACUUCAAGGUGCACACCUUCAAGGGUCUCAACUGGUGCGAGUUCUGCGCCAACUUCCUGUGGGGCUUCACCGCCCAGGGCGUCAAGUGCGAGGCCUGCGGAUUCGUGGCCCACACCAAGUGCUCAGAGCUGGUGCCGCCCAAGUGUGUGCCCGAUCUGAAGCGGAUUCGCGGCGUCUUCGGCACCGAUCUUGCCACCAUGGUUCAGCUAGACCCUCGUCACCAGAUCCCCUUCGUAGUGCGUCGCUGUGUGGAGGAGGUCGAGGCCCGGGGCAUGCUCCAGGAGGGCAUCUACCGCGUCUCGGGAUUCGCAGACGAGAUCGAGGCUCUCAAGCUGGCCCUCGACCGGGAGGGCGAGAAGACGGACAUGUCCGAGGCAGCCUACGGCAAUGUCAAUGUCAUUGCCGGUACCCUAAAGCUCUAUCUGCGGUUGCUGCCCGUGCCGCUCAUUACGUUCCAGGCGUACCCCAGCUUCAUGACUGCCGGGCGGAACACCAAACAGGCGGAGCAGCUGCAGAUGAUGUCAGAGGCAGUGCGUCGUCUGCCUCCGGCCCACUACAGCUGCCUGCAGUACAUGCUGGAGCACCUCAAGCGCGUGGCCUCCCACUAUGCCGUCAACAAGAUGAACGAGCACAAUCUGGCCACUGUGUUCGCCCCCACUUUGAUAGCCACGCCGCAGCACAUGACAAACCUGACCGAGGAAAUAUUCAUGCUCUCCUCGCUGAUCACCCACUGCAAGAUUAUAUUUGCUUGAGCAUCACGUCAAAAAGAAGCCGCUAGAGGAGCAACAGCUAUCCUCAGCUCCCUCAGUUUGCUGCACCCCAUCCCCGGAUGAGUCGCAUGAUCUGCACACCUUAAUUGGCAUUUCGCCUAGCAUUUACCUUAAUUUAUUAAUGAACUUUCGAUGCAUCCUUGAUAUGUCCACCAAAAAUUUAGCCUAAGUAUCUAUGAAUAGCGCUUUACAAUUCCCAGUUUUGUAAGGAUUACAUCGAGUAUAGGAUGCCCACGACCCCGCCUCCCAAAACAAAACAAAAACACAUUAGAACGCAUUUAAUGUUGUAGGAAUCUAACGUACGAAUUUACUGAAUUUUUGAACUAUUUUAAGCUAUUUUAAAUUUACGAUAGUUUUGUCACAAGAAAUAUAUUUAUUUUAUUUAUAUAAAACUAA